AUGGAAGCUACUAACAAGGGCUUGUUUCUCCAUGUCCUCAAAGGGCCAUGGAUCAUGGUAUUCGCAUCUUUCAUAAUCAUGUCCACUGCGGGCACACCCUAUGCCUUUGGACUAUACUCCAACGUGCUCAAGUCAGUGCUUGGCUACGACCAAAGUACCCUCAAUUUGAUCAGCUUCUUCAAAGACGUUGGCACCAACGUUGGUGUCCUCUCAGGCCUCCUUGCCGAGGUCACACCCCCAUGGUUUGUUUUAUCAGUUGGUGCAGUCAUGAACGUUUUUGGGUACUUGAUGAUAUGGCUAGCCGUGACACAAAAAAUGGCUAAGCCCCAUGUGUGGAUGAUGUGCUUGUACAUCUGCCUCGGUGCUAAUUCAACUGCUUUUGCAAACACUGGAGCAAUGGUUACUUGCAUCAAGAACUUCCCCGAAAGCCGAGGCAUUGUACUCGGGCUUCUAAAGGGAUAUGUUGGCCUUAGUGGUGCUAUUCUCGCACAACUAUACCAUGCUUUCUAUUAUAACGACCCCAAGUCUUUGAUUUUGUUAGUGGGUUGGCUUCCGGCUCUGAUAAAUCUUGCUUUUGCACCUUUUAUUCGGUUAAUGAAGGUCGCUAGGCAAUCAAACGAGCUCCAAGUGUUCUAUAAUUUCCUUUAUAUUACAUUUGGACUCGCGGGGUUUCUGAUGAUUAUGAUUAUAAUUGAGCAAAAAGUUUCUUUCACACAAAGCGAGUAUGGUGGUAGUGCAGCUGCAGUGCUUUUCUUGCUCUUUCUCCCACUUGGGAUCGCUAUCGUUGAAGAGAUUAAGCUUUGGAGGAGCAAGAAAUUAGCACUAAGUGAUGGUUCACAGCUGCAGGUUAUCACAGACAAUACAAAGACCGAGGCUAGUCCAUCUCUGCCACAAGCCUCUCCUGUCUCAGUAAACUUGCUCCGUGAACCAAGCACAGAAAAGCAAGUUUCAUGUUGGAGUAACUUAUUCACUCCCCCACAGCGCGGUGAGGACUAUAGUAUACUCCAAGCACUCUUCAGCAUUGACAUGUUGAUACUUUUCUACACAGUGAUUGCUGGUGUUGGUGGCACAUUAACAGCCCUAGACAACUUGGGACAAAUGGGACUUUCUCUCGGCUACUCACAGAGAAGUAUAAGCACUUUUGUGUCGCUAGUAAGUAUAUGGAAUUAUUUUGGAAGAGUAAUGGGAGGUUUGGUAUCUGAAAUCCUUUUGAAGAAAUACAAGUUCCCUCGCCCUCUCAUGCUCACUAUAAUCCUCCUUGUUGCAUGUGUUGGUCACCUUCUAGUUGCAUAUCAUCCCCCUGGGGGUCUCUAUGUGGCUUCAGUGAUUAUUGGGUUUUGUUUUGGUGCACAAUGGUCAGUAGUGUUCACAUCAAUUUCUGAAAUUUUUGGCCUAAAGUACUACGCAACUUUGUACAAUUUUGGGACAGUGGCUAGCCCAAUUGGGUUAUACGUACUCAACGUGACAGUCACUGGGAAUUUAUAUGAUAGGGAAGCUAGAAAGCAACUAGCUGCUUUGGGACUCACAAGGAAGGCUGGGCAAGCUUUGAAUUGUACUGGGGUUCAGUGUUUCAGAUUGUCUUUCAUUAUAAUUGCUGCCGUAACACUUUCUGGUGCUCUGGUUUCCAUUAUUCUAGUCCUUAGGACUAGGAAGUUUUAUAAGAGUGACAUUUACAAGAAGUUCAGGGAAGAAGCAAAGCUUGCUGAGUAUAAAAAUGUAGAUCAAACCUCUAAUAAUUCCAUGGGUCAACAAUGUUUUGGUUGUCAAGGGUAUGGUCAUGUGAAAUCAGAAUGUCCUACAUUCUUGAGAUCAAAGGGUAAAGCUAUGGCUGUAAACCUUAGUAAUGAUGAAGUUUUUGAUCAUGAAUCUGGUAGUGAUGAGGAUGGAAACUUCAUUACUUUCACAACUACUGCUAUAGUUGAUGAGAACCCUUUUGAUGAAGAACUCUCUAAGAAUGCUGAUUUGCAAGAAACCUAUAAUAAGCUUUGCAAGAAACCUAUAAUAAGCUUUGCAAGAAACCUAUAA